AUGCCAGGCAGGCCUAGAAAGCUGAGAAGGAAAGAGGUUGGUGAAACUAAGGUGUCUGGUAAUCUGUCUAAAACUGGACUAACUAUGACAUGUAGUCUUUGCCAUGUUAAAGAUCACAACAAAAGAAGUUGUCAUUUACGAAGGAGUGAUGGAGUUGGUUCUAUUGCCGAGGAACAUAGAGCUACCCCUACUUCAAAUGUUGAAGAACCAUCAAGCUCAAGAAAGGGAAGGGGAAGGGAAAGGGGAAGACCAAAGAAAUCAACAAAUAUUAAGAGUGAGCCUGUUGCAAAAAGGGGGAGAGGCAGACCUAAAAAUGCAAGUGUAAGUGUAAGUGCAAGUGCAUGUGCAAGUGCAAGUGCAAGUGCAAGUGCAAGUGCAUCAAAGGUUGCACCUAGAACCACUGCACCUCCAACAACUUCAAGAACACCAAGACAUGAAGCAAGUGCAAGUGCAAGUGCAUCAAGGACUUCACCUAGAACCACUGCACCUCCAACAACUUCAAGAACACCAACACAUGAAGCAAGUGCAAGUGUAAGUGGUGCUGGAGUAUCAUCAAGAGCUUGGAGUGGUAAAGGAAGGGGCAAGGGACUGGGAAGUGCAGCAAGAGGUAUUAAUCAUCCACUUGAAAGCUGGUUUACANUGUAUAUAUACGUUAUUCAAUUUUUGAAACUAACUAAGGAAUACUUCCAAAUCCGAUCAUAUUGUAGUCAAUAA